AUGGUAGAAGAUUAUGGGUUCACCCCAGAGGAGAUGACCAUCGAUGAAAAUCUUGGGUACCCAAAAGCCUACAGAAAGCUCUGCCGUGACAGGGGUUUUGGUCCCUACAGCUAUGGCCCUCCCUUCACUUUCAUGCCUUAUGCUUUGCAGGAAGAUGAGGCUGAGAGAACAAGGAAUUUGGAUCAAAUGUUUCCUAUUAUUGAUCCAAAAGCUAAGCCAACUACCAAGCCUAAGAUCUUUGUCAGAGUCUUGUGGAAUCAACUCAGCCAUCUUGGGAAUGCUGGCUUUGACCCAGCGGUGAUUCGAGUAGAUGCUUAUGGCAAUGUCCUUUAUCAUCAUGCGGAUUCAGCUUCUCCACUGAAUUGGGGCAUUGAUCAUUGGUUUCCUUGUUCAAGGGGAGGAUUGACUGUUGUGAGCAAUCUGAGGAUUCUACAGCGGCAAGCCUGCAAGAGGAAGAACAAUAAGCUGGAAUUCUUAAUCCCCUGGUGGGAUUUUCAGUUUGGUAUCUCAGUAAAUCAGUUCCUGUCCAUAUUUGCAUCUUCAAACUCAGACUUCAGGCACAGAGCAUUUUCAUUUCUGUUCUCUGAAGGAGAAAAUCAUGAGUUGAAUAGUUCACAAAUAGUGGAUUCUCAUUCUUUUCCACAACAUUUCUUUGGAUUAAAAGAAGAAAUUGGCUUUGCUCCAGCUGCCAUCAUAGGAUCUCGAAGGGAAACAUACGAUACAUUAGCUUUAAGACAAGAAGAUUACAAUAGGAAGCCAAGGCCAAUACCUAAACCAGUUGCUUCAAGAAAAAGCAAGUGCAAUCUUUUGAAAGAAAAUGAGGAUCCAGAAUUUGAUAAAAACCCUUACCAAGCCAUUCUCAUGGCUAGAGAUUCCCUAAAGCAAAGAGAAGAAAACACAAGAGUGCAAGCAGAAAUACAGAAGCUAGAUAAUGAAAUGAAUGAAAUGAAGCUCACUAAUGAAGAAGAAAAACAGAUUCUUCAGGACCUGGAAUUGGUGCUCAUAAAAAGUAGGAGAAAGGCAGAAAAGUGCAGGCGGUUAGAGGAGGCUCAAUGUUCUUAUAGGACCAUGCUAGAGAAGAUGAUUAGAGACACUACUCACCAGAGUGUCAUUUAUAAGGAACAGGUAAGAUUGAACCAGGCUGCAAUUAAUGCAUUGAUGGCUAGACUUGAAGCACAGAAGGCAAUUUGUGAUGCUGCAGAGAAAGAGCUUCACAAGAAGUAUAAACAAAGAGAUGAAUUAGAGAAAGAGAUAAGACCUGAAUGGGAGCAAGGAAGAAAGAGAUUGAGAAUAGAUGAUGGUUCCACUUUUGAAGAGGGAGAAAUAAAAUCUGUUCUGUGUUUGGAGGAGCUCAGAGUGCUUUUGGAGGAAGAUCAAAGGGCAAAAGAAGAAGAAAAGGAAGAGGAACAGAAAAUAACAGCAGAUAACAUUACAGCAGAGAAACUUGAGGGGCAUAAUAACCAAUCAGUUGUUGCUUUGGAGGAAGAAAACUCAAUUGAACACAAACUUAAGAAGCUAGAAAUCAGUGAAGGUAAGAGGGUUUGUGGCAAAUCUUUCCCAGUUCUUUCAGAAACAGAAACUGAGGAAGAUGAAGAAAACAGGAAGCUACUUGGCAAAGGGAAUGUGGAGAAGUGGCUUCAAAUGCUUUUGGAGAAUAAUAGUCAUGAAGACAAGGAUCCACAAACAAACAAAACUGAAACAAGUGGGACUGAAGAAAUAAUCAAACAAUGGAAUCAGAAAUAUCCACAACAGGAGCUGAAGAUCUCAAAAUUUUUAGAUUUGGAAGAAGUUGCUUGCAUAGGUGAAGGGGUGAAAAGGAAGGAACAGCAUAAAAAGGGAAAGAGGCUUUUUAGGUCAGAGAGUGCAAGGGCCUUGAGGCGAAUCACAUCAUCUCCAUCUUUGCUAAUUGGGAUAAGGAAAGGUGUGGACAGAUUUAGAAAGGUGUUGUAUUGA